AUGAACAGGUUACAGGUGUUAACUCUUUCUGGCAAUGACUUAGAAGGUUCAAUUCCAAACUCACUUUACCAGUUGGUCCACAUGGUUAAGCUCUAUUUGGACAUGAAUGCACUCAGUGGGCCAAUCUCGACCUCUAUAAACAAUCUCACAUAUCUGCAGAACUUGCAUUUAAAUUCAAACAGUUUCUCAUCAGCAAUCCCUCCUGCCCUUUGUGAGUUGAAGAAUUUGAUAUGGCUUUACUUGCAAGACAACUUUUUCACUGGUCAGCUGCCUUUAGAAGUGGGAAAUUUGGUUGUGGUGGACAAAAUGGAUAUCUCUAUGAACCAGUUGACCGGAGAGCUGCCUGUGUCCUUAUCGAGGCUCCAAAUGCUAGAAUAUUUGAAUCUCUCCAAAAACUCAUUUGAUGGCCACAUUCCCGAAAAACUUGAUAGCAUGGUAAACAUUCAAACUAUUGACCUUUCUCACAAUAAGCUUUCUGGUGAGAUCCCGAAAUCAUUGGAAAAUCUUCGACAACUCCAGAUUUUGAACCUAUCAUUCAACCAAUUGGAAGGAAAGGUUCCAAGUGGUGGGAAUUUUGCAAGCCUUUCUACCGAGUCAUUUGUGGGGAAUGAUGCACUAUGUGGAGCUCCUAAAUUCCAUUUGCCUGCAUGUUUAGACAAAAAAGCCAAUCGCACGACUAAAGUGGUUGUUGGUUGUGCAAUUGGGGGGCCUGCUCUUCUUCUUGUGGUUUGCAUCCUCUUGGUUGUCUUAGACAAUAGGAAGCGGGGAAUGAAGGAAACUGAUGAGGUUGAAAGAUUACAUGGAACUACCCUCCCAGUGAUCUCGUAUUCACAGUUAUCUCAUGCAACAAACAACUUUAGCGAUGCAAAUUUUCUUGGGAGUGGAAGCUUUGGUACAGUGUACAAAGGCAUUUUGAUGGACGGAACAACUGUGGCUGUCAAGGUCCUAAACUUGUUAUCUGAGGAAGCAUCAAAAAGUUUUGACAUUGAGUGCAAUGUGAUGUGCCAAAUUAGACACCGAAACAUUGUUAAAGUCAUCACAUCCUGCUCCAAUAGAGAUUUCAAGGCUUUAAUUGUCCAAUACAUGCCCCUUGGGAGCUUAGAAGCCUGUCUACAUUCCGGUGCCCAUCACUUGAAUUUCUAUCAAAGAUUGGAUAUCAUGCUUGAUGUUGCUUGUGGUCUAGAAUAUCUUCACCAUGCCACUCUUGGAAGCACUGGAUACAUUGCUCCAGAAUUCGGAACCACUGGAAAGGUGUCGACCAAAGCAGAUGUGUACAGCUAUGGAAUUCUUCUGCUGGAGGUGUUUACCGGAAGAAAGCCUACAGAUGAACGGUUCCAUGGAGAUUUUAGCUUCAGGCAGUGGGUGGUUGAAGCACUUCCGGUUGCAAUCUCAGACGUCACAGAUGGCCAUCUUCUGAAGGAAAGCAAUGGUACUGCAACUGAAAGAUCAGCUGCUUGGAAUGAUCUGUUAGUGAUGAUCAUGGAGAUAGGGCUGUCAUGCUCUAGGGAGUCUCCAAUUGUAAGAAUGGACAUGAAGGAGUUUGAACAUGGGAAACAGGAGCUACGGCCGAUGCCUCAGAGGAACAAGCUUGAGGUCAGCAGGCCUAGGGUGAGCGCUCAAGGAUUAAGCACACCUCUAAAACUGGUGCCAAUCGAAGAGGAAAAGAAGAUAAUGCCUCAGAUGGAGGAAUUUGAGGCGAUGGUGGACGCAGUUAUCAAUCCAAAUGCUGAUAUGGAAACCAAGGGUACUGCAACUGAAAGACCAGCUGCUUGGAAUGAGCUGUUGGUGAUGAUGAUGGAGAUAAGGCUGUCAUGUUCAAGGGAGUCUCCAAUUGUAAGAAUGGACAUGAAGGACGUAGUCGCCAGGCUUAAAAGGAUAUCACAGAAGGCUUCUUCUUUUGAAAAAUGUCAGAAAAACAUUCUUUAUUUCAUAACAGAUUAA